UAUAACGUGUACGAACAGCGCAAUGUCCAAUAUUGCGUUCUCUUGAAUAUGGCGAAAGUAGUCAGUUUACGUGUUGUGAUAAGUGCUAUCUUGUGACUUAUUAUGUUUGAAAAUGGAUAGUAACGAAAAUAAAUAUACAAAGAAAGUGUGAUAAUAAUGUAUAUAUAACAUAUUUUAUUCUUAAAAUUAAGGAAGAAACGCUAGAAGAUGUCUACUGACAAAAUAAAAGUUGCUGUAAGGCUCCGUCCUUUUAAUCGAAGAGAAUUAGAAAUGGGUACCCAAUCUGUCGUGGAGAUGGAACAACAGCAGACCAUUCUCCAUCAACCGUCUACUCUGGACAAAGUGGAAAGAAAACAACCAAAAACGUUCGCAUUCGACCACUGCUUUUGUUCGGUGGAUCCGGGCGAUAGGAAAUUUGCAUCACAGGAAGUGGUGUUCGAUAGUCUCGGCAGAGACAUUCUGGAUAAUGCAUUUCAGGGAUAUAAUGCCUGCAUUUUUGCAUAUGGACAAACAGGGUCUGGUAAGUCGUACACCAUGAUGGGUUCGCAAGACAGUAAGGGCAUUAUUCCGCGACUGUGUGACGCACUUUUCGGCCUAAUAGCUGAAAGGCAAAGUUCCGAAUUAUCUUACAAAGUCGAAGUCAGUUACAUGGAGAUUUAUAACGAAAGGGUACACGACCUAUUGGACCCCCAACCAAAUAAACAGUCGCUAAAGGUGAGAGAACACAACGUACUAGGUCCGUACGUCGACGGUUUGUCUCAGCUUGCGGUCACAUCGUUCCAGGAUAUAGACAAUUUAAUGGCCGAAGGUAAUAAAUCUAGAACAGUCGCUGCGACAAACAUGAAUAGCGAAUCAUCACGAUCUCACGCUGUGUUUUCUGUUAUUUUAACCCAGACGUUAAUUGAUAUCAAAAGUGGUGUGUCUGGAGAGAAAGUUAGUCGAAUGUCUCUAGUCGAUUUAGCUGGAUCGGAACGAGCCGUAAAAACUGGUGCUGUUGGUGAAAGGCUCAAAGAAGGUUCUAAUAUAAAUAAAUCACUAACGACGCUUGGUUUGGUCAUAUCAAAAUUAGCGGACCAAUCGUCUGGGAAACAAAAAGAUAAAUUCGUGCCAUACAGAGACUCGGUGUUAACGUGGCUAUUGAAAGAUAAUUUAGGAGGUAACAGUAAGACUGUGAUGGUGGCUACAAUAUCACCUGCCGCUGACAAUUACGAGGAAACACUGUCGACUCUGCGAUACGCAGACAGAGCGAAGAGAAUCGUUAACCAUGCGGUGGUUAACGAAGAUCCCAACGCUCGAAUUAUAAGGGAACUGAGGGCCGAAUUGGAAGCUUUGAAGGAAAUGUUAAAACAUGCGACCGGAUCACCGGUCGGUGAUACCCAAAGGGUCGACAUUCAUCAGAAAUUAAGCGAAAGUGAGAAAUUGUACAAAGAACACACGCAGACGUGGGAGGAAAAGUUAAUUAAAACCGAAAGAAUUCAAAAUGAAAGGCAGCAAGCGUUAGAAAAGAUGGGCAUCAGUAUUCAAGACUCGGGUAUCAAAGUCGAGAAAAAUAAGUACUACUUGGUUAAUCUAAAUGCGGAUCCUUAUCUAAACGAGUUACUAGUCUACUAUUUAAAAGACCGCACCGUAGUUGGCCAGAGAACUCCCGGAUCCAAUAUGGAACCUGAUAUACAAUUGUCCGGUCUCGGUAUUCAACCAGAACAUUGCAUUAUUACUAUAGAAGAAAAUGGUUUGUUCCUGGAACCUCUAACUAACGCUAGAUCGUGUGUAAAUGGUUCCCAAGUUAGUCAAAAGACUCCUCUGAGGCACGGCGAUAGGAUAGUAUGGGGCAACCAUCACUAUUUUAGAGUAAACUGCCCUAGGUCCACUUCUGCUACAUCAGAACCCCAAACUCCAGCACAAAGUAUUGAUUAUAAUUUUGCACGAGAUGAAUUAAUGUCAAAUGAACUUAGCAAUGAUCCAAUACAAGUUGCUAUAGCUAGGCUUGAAAAGCAACACGAAGAGGAUAAGCAAGUGGCGCUUGAAAAACAACGAAUGGAAUACGAACGGCAAUUCCAGCAGCUCAGGAAUAUGGUAUCUCCAUCGACGCCAUAUUCUCCUUAUUCGUAUGACCCGUUGAGGAUAGGAAUGGGAAAAACUACACCGUGUACUCCGACGACUCAGAUGAGAGUCGAAAAAUGGGCUCAAGAGAGAGAUGAAAUGUUUCGCAGGAGUAUUUGUCAAUUAAAAGAGGAUAUUUUGCGAGCCAACUCGCUGGUACAAGAAGCGAAUUUUUUGGCUGAGGAAAUGAGGAGGCAAACAAAAUUUAGCGUCACAUUGCAAAUCCCACCGGCCAAUCUAAGUCCCAAUCGGCGGAAAGGGGCAUUCGUUAGUGAACCUGCAAUACUAGUAAAAAGGGGAAACUCUAGUCAAGUGUGGUCAAUGGAAAAAUUAGAAAACAAAAUUAUUGACAUGAGGGAACUGUUUGAGGAACAGAAAAAUAGAGAUGAUUUUGGAUCGGAUUUGGAGGAGGUCAAAAGUCCUGAUCCGUUCUUUGAGUCUCAAGAAAAUCACAAUCUCAUUGGAGUCGCUAAUAUAUUUCUGGAAGCCCUUUUCCAUGAUGUCACCCUGGACUACCAUACACCCAUUAUCAGUCAGCAAGGAGAAGUAGCUGGCAGGCUUCAAGUUGAAUUGACUAGGGUUGCUGGUACGUUCCCACAGGAUCGUAUAUGUGAAGCAGCUUCAGACAAUUCAUCUGAUUGCGGACAUGACGAUGAAGAGUCGGGUAGCACUACUGUGACCUGCAGAGUUCAUAUAAAGCAAGCAACAGGAUUACCAUUAUCUCUUUCGCAUUUCGUAUUUUGUCAGUACACGUUUUGGAACCAAGAACUUAUAGUUGUUCCAGAUAAAAAUGUUGGAGAAAAUGCUUCCAAACAUUCUACGACCGUUAGAUUUGACGACUGCAGAGACUUUACAGUUACACUUUCUGAAGAAUUUAUUGAACAUUGUGCGGAGGGAGCUUUAUCUAUAGAAGUAUGGGGUAAUAGGAGUGCGGGAUUCUCGAAAUACAAACCGGGGUGGGAAGUGGAACAACAGCUGGCUACCGCUAGGUCAUUGUUGGACCGAUGGUCUGAACUCACCAGGAAGAUUGAGCUGUGGGUGGAGAUACAAGAGCUUAAUGAUCUUGGAGAAUAUGGUCCUGUUGAGGUGAUGAUGAAAAAUGACAUGCUUACCGGAGGUGUAUACCAAUUAAGACAGGGUCAACAAAGACGUAUUCAAGUUAGGGUAAAACCGGUUCAGAAUUCCGGUACAUUACCGAUCAUAUGCCAGCAGAUCAUAAAAAUCGAAGUGGGCGGCGUAAUGGUCAGGAAUAGAUUACAGAAACCCCUUGAUUCUUAUCAAGAGGAAGAUUUGACCAGUUUGAGAGAGAAAUGGAACGACGCUCUACAAAAACGGAAACUGUAUCUCCAUUCGCAACUUCAAAAUCUUUCGGAAAAAGCUGACAAAACAGAGCAGGAAGUGGAAAGGGAAAAAAGCCUUAUGGAACAACUGGUCAAUUUAACGGAGGAAACCAACGCAGUGUACGUUCCCCAACCGGGAACGGGCAUCCCUGGUGCUCCUGCGAUGUGGAGUCCUCCGCCAGGCAUGGAACCCCAUAUCCCCGUGCUUUUUCUGGAUCUAAAUGCUGAUGAUUUAUCUACUCAUCCAUCGGGAGAAGAAGUGACGGUAACGGGUGUUAACUCGAUCCUACCAAAAGAGGAUGGACGACCAUUUUAUAGUUUACAUAUCGUGCAACACUAUGAAAAAGAUGUUUGCGCUAUCGUUAGUUGGGAUUCGUCGAUUCAUGACAGUCAAUACCUUAAUAAAGUUACAGAACCGAACGAACGAGUUUAUAUGAUCCUUAGGGUGACAGUAAGGUUGUCGCAUCCCGCGCCGAUGGAUUUAGUAUUAAGAAAGCGCUUGUCUAUAAAUAUUUAUAAAAGGCAAAGCAUCGCUGAUCGAAUCAAAAAUCAAAUCAAAUCAAAAAUAGUUAGAAGUGAUCUCAUUACAUCUUGUGGUGUUACUUAUUUAGUCGUUUCAAAUGUUCCUAAAGCUAGUGAAGAAUUAGAGGAUAGAGAGAGUCUUGCUCAGUUAGCCGCUUCUGGAGAAGACUCAUCUUUAUGCGACGGAGAGACUUACAUUGAAAAGUACACAAGAGGUGUAAGCGCGGUGGAAAGUAUUUUAACAUUGGAUAGAUUAAGGCAAAGUGUAGCCGUAAAAGAGUUACUGCAAGCUAAAGGCCAGCCGCUGAUGAGGAAGACAGUCAGUGUUCCGAAUUUCUCACAGACUUUGGAAACCAAGGGGCUAAUGAGAUUCGACACAAUGAGCACUGAAUCGCUGCACAUGUCCAGAUCUGAAAGUGUUUCGGAGUUAAAUAGUGAGUUGCACAGUUUAACUUCUCUGAGACCCAGAAGUAGUUCUGGAAAAGAAAUGGAUUCCACUCCUCCCAAGACGUACGGCGGUCUCGCCCGCCCCACAUUCUUAAAUCUGAACUUAAAUUUGAAUUCCCUAAGAAUGCAACAGCCAACCAGCAGUACCAAACUGUUUCCUGGAAUCACAUCUCCAGCGAAUACGAAAUUGGGGUUGCGAAUGACCACACUUCAUGAAGAACCCAUUAAAAUGUUGCCAAGGAAACAUUCAUUCGACUUUUUAACCGACGACACAAUAGAGGAACAAACUGAAGACGGAAUAAAUGACAAGACCAGUUUCCAUAAUAAUUAUAGGGGAAAAAAUUCUAAAAGGGCGUUAUUACCCACGUCUCGGACUUUAGACUCCUUAACUGAGUUAGCACCAAGAACCGGUACUCCUUCUACAAGUUCUAGCGGUUACGGUUCACAGGCGGUGUCCAUUACAAAUCUUUCAAGUGAUGAUUCCGUGUCAUUAAAAAGUAUUAGCGUAGACGAAACCCCGGACUUUGAGUGUCGUCCUUUUGAAACGGAAACUUGCAUAAAUAGAAUCCCUUUGUUAGAAGAAAGGGCGGAAGAUUUAGUAGCUAACGAAAGUUCUGAAGAUAUAAUGAAUAGUUCAAACAGCGAUUCGACUCAACAUCACGAUAAUGACAAUUCAACGAAAGUCCAAUCGUCGCCCGUUAGGGUAGUGCGUAGGAAGAAACAUGCAACCAAAAAUAUGCCCCAAAGGGCGUCUUUUCCUCAAGUCCGGAUAAAUAAAAUUCAAUCGUUUGAAAAAAUUAAUAACGUUAUCUCCCAUCACGAGGAUGACUCCAUGGCCAGUUCCACUGAUAAACUAGAAGAUGAACACGAAAACCACUAUGGCUCCAAAGCGGACCUAUCGAAAAUACCAGAUAUACCCGUCCCUGAUUGGGUUGUGUUAGGAGAGAGUGUAUCCAUUAGACCAUAUAAUUUCACAGGGGUUGUUGCUUAUAUUGGGGAAACUGAAUUUGCUGCGGGCACUUGGAUCGGUGUGGAAUUGGAUGCACCGAAAGGGAAAAACGACGGCAGUGUACAAGGGGUGCGUUAUUUCGCUUGUAAACCAAAAUAUGGCAUGUUUGUCAGGGCAGACAAACUGAAUUUAGAUAGAAGAGGCCGCGCAAUGCGCAUGGAUAAAGAAGCCCUGGCUAACAACAAAUGCACAUUAAAUAGAGACUCAUUACCAAAGUCGAAAUCGAGAGGGAGUGGAUUAAACAGUAUUGGUAUGAGAGUGAGCUCAAAAGCUAAGUAGAUCAAAUCAGCAGCUACUUGGGCACCUGAACUACCCCUCCAGUAAUUCCACCCUAUAUUUAUUAUUGCCAUUUUGCCGUUUAUUGUACGUGACACAUUCAAUACAUAUUGUCCCGUCCAUGCAAUGGCAUAUCGUUAAUUGUACUUGCCAUUUUGUAGUUCCAAAACGCACUUAAGUUUGGCUGCACCCAAAGCUCUAUGGGAUAUAAAAAUAUACAUUAAAGUGGUAAAAUGAUAAGAAUUAGCAAAAUGCACAUUUCAAUCAGUUACCUAUUUUAUAAUUUUCAAUUCCUGUCAUGCGAAAAUUAUCUCUUUUAUCGCUUUGUCCAACGAGAUUAACUGCAAUAUUAUGUAUGUUCAGCCACACAUCUACCUCCGCUUUUGGAAAAAACACAAAAUACCAGUGACAUUUAUUACUAAACAAGGAACCUUAUUUGGAAAAUGUCAAAGAAAAAAAUACUUAAACCACUGUCUAUGUUGUGUUUGUUUCCCGUCUUGGUUUAUUUAUUUUAAGCAUUUAUUUCUGUGAUAUGGUUGUUAGUUUACACAGGAGUCAAAUAAUGCUAAACUAUAUGGAAAUAGUUUAGCAAAAUUUUGAAGGCAAACUACUGAAUCAACAAAAAUAUUUUAUCUCUUUAACUUAAAAUAUUUUAGAGUAAUACUUCCUAGGGAGAGUAGAAGACGAGAAGUAUUUAAAAAUUAUCUGAGUGUCUAGAAUGUAGAAUUUAAUAGUUCCAUAUAUUUUACUAUAUAUUUUUUUCGCCAAAUCAGUGUUAGAAAGCAUUUGAUUCAGUCAAUACUUAGUAUUUGUCUGUCAAAAGUGUUUUAAGGGCUUUUUUAAGUGCGAAUGAAAUAAAAGAAGCAGUUGCUCACUUUUAUUUUUUUGACGAUAUAUGUUGGCUGUUCUGAAUUAUUAUAUAUAAAAUAAAAAAAAUUUCAAUGUCGUUGAACAUUCCAUGUUAAAUCGAAUUAAAUAAAGAGCGCAAUAUUUUCUAGUCCUGUAUCAUUUUAUACAUUAUUGCUCAGUGACGUAUUAAUUCACAAAAAAGGCUAAGGUUUGGUAGUCCAAAUUGAUAUAGGUCAUACGACUUCGAUCAUUAAAAAAAUUAAACUAAACCUCUCGCCUGUCCAUUCUAAACAAAUCUGUCCACAUUAAUACAUUAGUAUAAUAAUUACCAUAAAAUCUAUAAUCGAUCAAUGAAAUCCGUUAAUUUGUACAAAAAAUAAACAAAUAUUUCCCGCUAUUUAAAACAAACAUCGCGUUUUAUAUUCCAAGUGUAUUAUAGACAAACAAGCUUAUUAGUUAAUCAACGUCGGUGUCGUAAUUUGAACAAAUGUGUAUUAGACUUGGCAAAUAUUUUUAAAAUAACGUUAGCAAUAAUGAGUAGAACAAUUCAUUUAGAAGAUGGCCUUUAUUACGCAAAGAAAUAUUUUCGUGUAUUAAUUAAAUUAUAAAAUUUUCGCCAUACCUACGACAUUAAAGAGGGAUACCUCUGGUGUUCAUGUUUUUUGUUACAUUUUAACUACUAACAGGAAGGAAACAUAGGGGUAUCCUGUCUUUAAUUAGGAUAUAGCUGCCUUCCGCACCAACAUCGUUAAAAUCAAAAGUCCCUAUUUUGAAUCAUCUCUAUCAACCUGUACAUUAAAACAAUGUAAAUAAAACAAUUUUAUUAAUAUUUUUGUCUCUAAUUCAAUUUUAACGCUUACUGUUUGUUUGUGGGUUUUGUUGUGUUAUUUUUUUUUAUUGUAGGUUGGCUCCAGUUGUAAUAUUGCAAAUAUGAAUAUUUUAUAUAUUGUGUAUAUUUUUGUUGUUUAUUAUUAAAUUAUUUAACACUUUA